GAAAAAAUUAAAAGCCGGGGAGAGAGAGAGAGAGAGAGAGACUCCAUAUUUUGCCAACCCUCGAAAAAAGGCAUUCCAUUUGGCUCCAAUUUCAACCUCCAAAAUCCAAAGCCCCGACCCGUCAUCGCCAUUCGCCCAGAUGGACCUUCCUCCAUCCAAGAGCUGGAGCAUCCACACUCGCAGAGAAAUCAUCUCAAAGUAUCAGAUCCUAGACCACGUGGGCUCAGGCGCCUACUCCGACGUCUACCGAGCCCGCCGCCUCUCCGACAACCUCACUGUCGCCCUCAAGGAAGUCCACGACUAUCAGUCCGCUUUCCGGGAGAUCGAGGCCCUGCAGACGCUUCAGAAUUGCCCCAACGUCGUCGUUCUGCAUGAGUACUUCUCGGCCGAGGACGAAGACGCCGUGCUGGUGCUCGAGUAUUUGCCCACUGAUUUGUCCGACGUCAUAAGAGAGGCCAAAAGGGGUGAGUGGAAGGAUCAAGGGUUGAGAACCGGGGAAAUCAAGAGGUGGAUGGUUCAGAUACUUUGUGGGGUGGACGCGUGUCAUCGGAAUUCGAUCGUGCAUAGAGACUUAAAACCCACUAAUUUGUUGAUUUCGGCUGAUGGGGUCCUUAAGUUAGCUGAUUUUGGACAGGCUAGGAUACUUCUUGCCCCUGGAUAUUUUGCUAUUGGCGAGAAUUCUCAAUCUCAUGAGCAAAGAUCUCCAAACGAUGCAAUUGUAGCUAAUCCACCUGAAACCAAUCCCUCUACAGAUAGUGCGGAUGAUGAAGGUCAAGUGAUUCAAGCGGAACCUCUAAGGAAAGAAGAAGCUAGAGGUCUAUCAGACGAGCUCAGGGAGGGAGAUUUCUUGGAUGAAGGUGAUAAAGAAAGCAAUAUUCCUGACGGAGACGUUUCCUGUCUUGCUACUUGUACUGCAAGUGACAUGGAAGAAGAUCCUUUCAAGAAUUAUGCAUAUGAGGCUGAAGAGGAUGAAAAUGAGGGGUUAGGCCCUCUUACAUCAUGUGUGGGAACCCGUUGGUUUAGGGCCCCUGAGCUGCUGUAUGGCUCUACAACCUAUGGAACAGAGAUUGACUUGUGGUCAUUGGGCUGCAUAUUUGCAGAGCUUUUGAGUCUGGAACCACUUUUUCCUGGAACCUCGGAUAUUGAUCAGCUGGGUAGAAUUAUCAGUGUUUUGGGAAACUUAUCAAAAGAAGUUUGGCCUGGUUGCCGAGAACUUCCUGAUUACAAAACAAUUUCAUUUGGUGAAGUAGAAAAUCCAAUUGGCUUGGAAUCAUGUCUACCUAAUCGAUCUACUGAUGAAAUUCUACUUGUCAAGAAGCUGCUCUGUUUUCAUCCUGCAAAUAGAGCAACAGCUAUGGAAUUGCUCCAAGAUAAGUACUUGACUGAAGAACCAUUACCAGUCCCUACAUCCGAGCUGAGGAUUCCUUCUAAACACAGUGAUCAAGAUGAGGGUUCCCCUGUUGAGUGGGGUGAUUAUAGGGCCUUUGACUCAGAUUCUGACUUUGAUGAUUUUGGUCCAGUGGAUGUGACAAAAACUAACGAAGGUUUUUCAAUUCGGUUUUCUUGAAGUUUAUGGAAGUUCGUCAAUCUGCCUGGUAACAUGGUUAGAGCUGUUUGUCUGCGUUUGUGAAAUAUGGGGUAAAGCAGUAACAUCUUGCUACUCAUUCCCUGAUCUCUUUAAUUCAGUAUAGCGUGCACUAAAAUACACUGUAAAUGCACCAGAUUAUGGUUGGAACGUAACCAUGUUGAGAUUUCCAUAACGAAAGGAGAAAAUUUGGCAGGGUUGUGGAUUGUGCUGCCAGGCAACUAGGUAAAAGAGGGAGAAGCUCAGUUGCUUCAUGACUUAGAUUUCGAACAUGGUCUCCUCAAAGGGUCUAUAUAAAACGAGUAUUAUUUAUUUUCUGGUCUCCAUCUUAUCCUUCUUCCCCCUCUCUCUUGUUUCUAUAUAUUCUUGGCAUUGCAUUUCUUCUGCUUAGGCAGUGUCAGAAGGAAAUCAUAUACUUGUUCUGUCUAAGCCUUUUUGUAAGACAACUUUUUGCGAGUGUUGCAUAGUAUUGAUGAAACAGAAGCAAGCAGCGGCUCUCAUUAUGCUAUUGAGCAGCAACAGCUCUAACCAUGCCAUUGAGCGGCAGCAGAAAGAUGAAGCACAUGUUUGCGCUAGAGUAGUUUGAAAAGUGACGAAGCACAUUUUUGCUAUCGUAUCCUAUGAUAUUCACCGGACGCGUUUCAGAAUCUGUGAGUUCAGCCAAUGCAGGUGUUUCAGCUGCUGGUUCAUGCUUGAGUUGGUUUGGAUCAGAAUUUUAAUUUGAGAAUUACAAGUUGACAUUAUCACAUAAGAACAGAUUUUGUUAUCCAUAUUCCAUAGGAGACUCUUGAGCCUCAGGUUCUGUGUAAUGCUUCACAAUAAAUGGCUACAAUGGGAGUUGGACC